CGUGUCUCUGUUCUCCCCUCCAGGCCGGGCCAUGGACCCCCACGAGAUGGUGGUGAAGAACCCCUACACCCACAUCAGCAUCCCCAGAGCCCAGUUGCGGCCGGACCUGGGGCCAGCGAGCGAGACCACUCCGGGUGCCAGCUCCACCUCAGAGGCACAGCCCCUGCCCGGGGCUCCGGCCCCGCAGCCCACGGAGACCAAGGGGGCCGGAUCCGGGCAGCAGGCGUGGGGACAGCCCAGCAACCCAUAUGGCUGUGGGCAGCGGCCGGAGGGACUGACCUACUCCGGCCAGCCACCUGUGGGCCGAGGAGACGACAUUGCCCACCACUGCUGCUGCUGCCCCUGCUGCCCCUGCUGCCACUGCCCGCGAUUCUGCCGCUGCCACAGCUGCUGCGUGGUCUCCUAGCAGCAGUCCCGGGCCCUGACCACGCGCCAGCCACCUCUGACCAAGGCUGGAAAUAAAGCAGGGUGCCCAUGGCCC